CUAAAAGGAAGGUGGCCUGGUCGCUUGGGCCCUGGAUCCAGGACUCGGGAAGACCGAAAGGGAGGAAGAAUGAGAUACCAUGGGUACGUUCUGAGUCCCGAGAUAGUGGGAAUCAGCCAGUGGAUUGCAGGCAUGUUAUGGAAGUGGUUGCUGAGAUCCCAGCCCUGCAGGCUGUGUUCUUUCAGAAAGAGGCAACCAGCUCUGACAUGCAGACCUUUUUUAUCAUACUUCCCCUACACAACCGAUGGUGGGCAGCGCAACAGAGAAAAUGCCAGAACGGUAGACAAGCUCUACAGACUUUCCGUUGACAUUACAAAAAUCCGUAGAUUAAAAGGAUGGGUACUUUUGGAGGAUAAAACCUAUGUUGAAGAAAUUGCUAAAAUUUUACAAGAACUGGGUGCUACUGAGACUGCUGUGGCCAGUAUUUUGGAACGCUGCCCAGAAGCAAUUGUCUGUAGUCCAACUGCUGUUAACACCCAGAGAAAACUCUGGCAGUUAGUCUGCAAAAACGAGCAAGAAUUAAUCAAGUUAAUAGAACAGUUCCCAGAAUCUUUCUUUACUGUGAAAGACCAAGAAACCCGGAAGCUGAACAUUCAAUUCUUUCAAGAGCUGGGACUCAAGAAUGUGGUCCUUAGUAGAUUUUUGACAACUGCGUCUAAUAUUUUUCAUAACCCUGUUGAGAAGAAUAAGCAAAUGGUAAGGGCUCUCCAGGAGAGUUAUCUAAGUGUAGGCGGCUCUGAGGCCAACAUGAAAGUUUGGCUCCUAAAAUUAUUAAGCCAGAAUCCGUUUAUUCUGUUAAAUUCUCCUGCAGCUAUAAAGGAAACACUAGAAUUUCUCCAAGAGCAAGGUUUCACCAACUUUGAAAUCCUCCAACUUCUGUCUAAGCUCAAAGGAUUUCUUUUCCAGCUUUGCCCAAGAAGUGUACAGAACAGUAUUUCCUUCUCUAAAAAUGCUUUCAAGUGCACAGACCAUGACUUGAAGCAGUUGGUUUUGAAAUGCCCUGCCAUUUUGGCUUACUCUGUUCCAGUUUUAGAAGAAAGGAUUCAGGGGCUAUUGAAAGAAGGAAUUUCCAUAACUCAGAUAAGAGAAGCGCCAAUGGUCCUGGAAUUAACACCACAGAUAGUACAGUACAGGGUCAGGAAACUGAAUGCCUUAGGCUACAGAAUAAAAGAUGGACAUCUAGCAAAUCUAAAUGGAACCAAAAAGGAGUUUGAGGCUAAGUUUGGUAAAAUUCAGGCCAAAACAGGAAGGCCUUUAUUUAACCCCGUGGCACCAUUAAAUGUUGAAGAGUGACUGACUGAUGUCUCUUUCUAACAGGCCAGAAACUGACAGCAAAGACUUUAGCAAUCCGGGCAGUUUAUAGGCACCAGUAAUCUCUCUCCCUGCCACCCGCUCCCCUACCCCCCGCCAGAAGGUUUUGCCUUAAGGUGCAUGCACUUGCCAGAGAGAGAGAAACAGUGAGAGUGAAAGUGAGA